CCGCGAGAGUCUUCCCCGAGACGCAUGUUGGAAAUGCGUUUGUCGCGACGCGUCAGGAUUGUCCUCCUGCCGAGAAUUCCGCUUGCGAAUGCUUCGACGCGCGACUUUUGUGCUAGAUAAUUCACUCUCUCUAAUGUUCUGUCGAGCUUGUCCAAAUCCUUUAUUUCUCCUCAUCCGUAAUACUUGCACGGUAGUAAAGGUUAUGCCGAAUGGUGCUUCCAUCGACGUCUGACAUUCGUCAUCGUGUCACAAUGUCGACCGAGAAUGACAGCGAGAUGGAUUGCUCGGAUUCAGAUUGCGGGGAUCCGGGCUACGAGGACUAUUACAAUGUCCAACCUUGGGGUGGCGACAUAGAUAAUGAUGUAGAUCCCGAACAAAACAGGAGAGAUCCGGAGUAUGCAGUGUACGACUGCUUGCGAGUCGAGGAAGUGGAACGACUUCUGAAUGAGAGCGUAGAGCUAUUAAGUAAUAGUCUUCACGUUACGCCAUCCCUAGCCAAAGUGUUGUUACAUGCGCACAACUGGGCGUCACAGGAUAUCGUCACAAAGUAUCGUAUCAAUGCUUCCAGUUUAUUGAUUAAUUCAAAGAUUAAACCUACCCUGGAACAAGUGCCAGGAACGAAGAGUCAGCGAGGUGGUCUGUGUUCGGUUUGUGUUCUGGUUUUUCCCGCAGAUAGAUUCUCCACGCUUACAUGUGGACAUUCGUUUUGCAAAGACUGCUGGUGUAUGCAUUUUGAAGUACAAAUAACUCAAGGUAUAUCUACUGGUAUAAGCUGUAUGGCACAAGAUUGCGAUGUCUUAGCUCCAGAGGAUUUUGUUCUUUCCCUACUUACUAAGCCUAACAUGAGAGAGAGGUAUCAACAGUUUGCCUUCUGUGAUUAUGUUAAAUCUCAUCCGCAAUUGCGAUUUUGUCCUGGUCCAAAUUGCCAAAUAGUUUUGCGCUCGAAGGAACAACGAGCAAAAAGAGUCAUGUGUUCAUCAUGUAAAACUGUAUUCUGCUUCCGAUGUGGUAUGGAUUACCAUGCACCUACCGAUUGCAGUACAAUUAAAAAAUGGCUGACGAAAUGUGCGGAUGAUUCUGAAACGGCAAAUUACAUUAGUGCUCAUACCAAAGAUUGUCCAAAAUGUCAUAUUUGCAUAGAGAAGAACGGUGGUUGCAAUCAUAUGCAAUGUUACAAUUGUAAACAUGAUUUUUGUUGGAUGUGCCUUGGAGAUUGGAAAGCACACGGUAGUGAGUAUUAUGAAUGUUCGCGUUACAAGGAGAAUCCGAACAUCGCACAUGAGAGUGUUCAUGCGCAAGCCAGAGAAGCUCUCAAAAAAUAUCUUCAUUAUUACGAACGAUGGGAGAAUCAUAGUAAAUCGUUAAAGUUGGAAGAGCAAACAUUAGAAGGAAUUAAGAUGAGAAUUAACAAUAAAGUGAUGAAUGCAAGUGGUACAUGGAUAGACUGGCAACAUCUAUUUGAGGCGGCGUCGCUCUUAGCGCGUUGUCGUUACACUUUGCAAUACACUUACCCAUACGCCUAUUAUAUGGAAUCCGGCCCACGCAAAGAACUGUUUGAAUAUCAGCAAGCUCAAUUAGAGGCGGAAAUAGAGAAUCUCUCGUGGAAGAUUGAACGAGCGGAA